UUGCUUCUUAAUUGUCACCCCCAUAAAAGAAUGGCUGUUUCAUUGUGCAAAAUGAAAUCAACACAAUCCAAAAGUUUUGAUUCAAUCCCAGUCAAAUUCAUGUUCCGGGUCGGCGCCGUGCUUCUUCUCGUGGUCCUGGCCUUCCUCUGGUCUUCCACGACCACCAUUAUCUCCGGCGACAUUGUUCACGUCUGCGUCUCUUCUCGCAAGCUCAACAACCCCAAUUGCCUCUCCGCGGGCACCCAAACACCAAACUUUGAAAUCCCGAUUAUUCCAGUACUCAUUCAAAACACUUCCGUUAGACACCACCCCUAUCUUGAUUCAAAACAAGUCGUUAAUGAUCCUGUUGGUCACGUAGGAGAAGUUAAGGAUGAAGAUGAGGAAUAUGCUAUUAGGAUUGUCAAAGAGCAGAUUCAAUUGCAUCGGUCGUGGGCAUCGAACACCCACCGGGCCAACUGCAGUGGGGGAGGAAUAUAUGUCUAUGAACUGCCUCCAAAGUUCAACAAAGAUUUAAUGGGUCAAUGUGGUGAUAUGGUUCCAUGGCUUCAUCUUUGUAAGUAUUUGAUCAAUGAGGCAUUGGGGGAGCCGAUUCCAGAGCUCGGCGAAGGCUGGUACAAAACUCAUCAAUAUUCACUAGAGCCAAUUUUUCACUCAAGAGUUUUGAAGCAUCCUUGUAGAGUGUACAAUGAAACCGAAGCGAAUCUCUUUUACGUGCCAUAUUAUGGCGGCUUAGACGUAUUGCGAUGGCAUUUCAAAAAUGAGUCCGAUGAAGUUAAGGACGGUUUGGCACUGGACCUUGUCAAGUGGCUCGAGCCACGAAAGUCAUGGGCUCGAAACUCUGGCAAGGACCAUGUGUUCGUUCUGGGAAAAAUUUCGUGGGAUUUCAGGAGAUAUCCCAAUUCCUCAUGGGGGACUAAAUUUUUGGAGCUGGAUCGAUUUCAAAACCCGAUUAAGCUCUUGAUCGAACGCCAUCCAUGGCACGUAAACGACAUCAGUAUCCCACAUCCAACCCAUUUCCACCCUCACUCUGAUCACGAUAUCGUCACUUUGCAGCUUAAACUGAUCCGGUCCGAACGUAAAACCUUAGUCAGUUUUGCAGGGGCAGGGCGCCCUGGCGCCCCAGAGAACAUAAGAUCGAAACUAAUCAAGCAGUGCAAUUCCGUAGACACACAAAAAUGCCGGGUUUUGGAUUGCAGUUCAGGCGGGUGCGAUCAGCCGAAAACGGUUAUCGAUCUAUUCAUGGAGUCCGAAUUCUGCUUACAGCCACCGGGAGACAGCCCGACAAGAAAAUCUGUUUUCGACUCCAUUGUCUCCGGUUGCAUUCCGGUACUCUUUGAUCCUUUCACUGCCUACUACCAAUAUCCAUGGCACCUGCCCGAGGAUCGCGGGAAGUAUUCGGUCUUUAUAGAUCAAGAAGAGGUGAGGGAAAUGAAGGUGAAUGUUAUCGAGAGGCUCGUGAGAGUUACGCUGAGGGAGAGGGAGAACAUGAGGAGAUACAUAGUUUAUGAACUGUUGCCUGGGGUGGUGUAUGGGCAUCCGGAUUCAGAGCUCGAGGAGUUUCAGGAUGCUUUUUCUAUAACAAUUAGUAAUCUUCUUGAGAGGGUGAGGAGAUUGGAGUAUUGACAGGCCGUCUAACACACUUUUGGACGGCUUCGAUGGGCUGCUCGGGCACCAUGUUGGCACCGGCACGUGGUAUCCACCCGGCACCCAAAAAUUUCUCAUUUUUUGUUGUAUUGCUAUUUGUUGGUUUGUUUCAGUUGUAAUAGCAAAAUAAGUCCCUUU